CAACAGUCUUACUGCAAAGCAGGAGCACAACCCAUCUCUUUGUCUCCGUGGUCAAACCAAUUACUUCUUAGAAAGUCGGAUUUUUUUCAAAAUGACCAUGUACAGGAGCAAACGCAGACAUCAGAGAUAUAUCAACAUGGCAGGAGAACCCAAACCAUACAGACCAAAACCUGGAAACAAGCGGCCCCUUUCCGCACUUUACAGACUUGAAUCAAAGGAGCCUUUCCUGUCUGUUGGUGGUUAUGUCUUUGACUAUGAUUACUACAGAGAUGAUUUCUACAAUCGGUUAUUUGAUUACCAUGGGCGUGUACCCCCACCACCUCGUGCAGUUAUUCCGCUGAAGCGUCCCAGAGUGGCUGUCACAGCAACUCGCAGGGGAAAAGGAGUCUUUUCCAUGAAAGGGGGAUCAAGAUCUGCUGUCAGUGGAUCUUCAUCUGGCUCUAAGUUGAAAUCUGAUGAGUUACAGACAAUCAAGAAAGAAUUAACCCAGAUAAAAACUAAAAUUGACUCCUUGCUAGGGCGCCUGGAGAAGAUUGAGAAGCAGCAGAAGGCGGAGGCAGAAGCUCAGAAGAAGCAAUUGGAAGAGCGUAUAGAGCUGAUCCAAGACGAAUGUGUGUCAGAGAAUGCAGAUCACUCUACAGAGGAGCCUGCUGAAGGAGGGCCAGAUGCGGAUGGAGAAGAGAUGACUGAUGGGAUAGAGGAGGACUUCGAAGAAGAUGGGGGUCAUGAGCUGUUUCUACAGAUAAAGUGAUCUGAAGUACGUAUGAUGCCGCAACACAGAAAAGAGAAACUGUGACAACCCCCGAAAUGUGAAAGGAGGUUUCUUACUGGAUAGCAGCAUCUUUGGUUCAAUUUGUAUAAAAACUCAAAAAAAGAAAAUGGACAGUAUUGCUCAGUUUUAGAAAUUCCAUUUCUUCUAUGUUCUAAGCUGUAUAAUUGUCAGGUUUUUAUGGUUUAAAUUGUAAAUGUGUUUUCCCCUUUGCUAAUUAUGUUUUUUUUAAGUCUUAAAAUGUGAAAGACAUUUAUGAAUGGUAAGGGAGACACUAUAUACAAAUGUAUAUUUGUAAAAGCUAUUUUUAUGAUUAGCAUGUUUCACUGUUGAUCAUAUAUAAAGUCAGGUGAUACUGCAAAUUCUACGUUAAAAACUUAUUUCCAACAAUGUCAUGUAAGAAAAGAUGCAUCUUAUGCUAGUUUUUAUAAUUUAUUUUUAAUUUAUAGUUUAAAGUACUUCAGAUAGUAGGGAUAAAAUACUUGAAAAGGUUAUAUUUCUGCCCUCUGUAAGCACCAUUUUAUUAAUAAAGAAUGCAAAUAUUUCAGAUGUGAUAUAAUAGCUAAAGGCCUGUUGGUUUGACUUGUGAUUAAGUUGAGCAUGCUCCGCUCUACUGAACUUAAAUGAUCCAGUGAUUACCUAAUACUUCAGUCUUGGUGUGAGAUUCCAUGGACAGAUUUUAGUGCUCAUACAGGUAAGAACUAGAUUGCCAAGGAAAAGAUUUUCUUGCCUUUGCAUCCAAAAGUUUAAAUUAGUGCAUACAUCACUUCAUCUCAUCUCCUAUUCCUAGGAAGUCUCCAUUCCCAAGCAUUGCAAGUGUUUUCCAGAUGCUCUUAGCUGUUGUCUUGUGCUGUGGAAAUGGAAGAAACCAUCUUCACAGACUAUAGGAGAAUUCAGCAUAUACUUUCUUAAUAAAUAUUGUUUCUUUUAAAACAAAGUUGGUGUGUAUCUUUCCUUUGCGGUACACUGAGUUCUAGCAUUAACUUUGAAAUUUUUCAGUCACUGUACUGCCACAAAAUCAGCAUAAUAAUUUUGUAAACUUUAUAACUUUAGUAAAGUUGCAUAAUUUUACUAAAGUAUAUUUGAUAUGUUCUAUAUGCCCACCCUCUUUCUGGAGUGACCUGUAUUCUGGAACAUAUUUAUCUGCCAUAUAAAAGAAGAUCAGAUGAUCUUCAGUCCUUGACAGAUAUCACAUUCCUGUUUACAUUUUGACAAGAUAUAGUUUUCCUCCAAAUGCAGAAUUUUAAGAAAAUAUUUCAGGAUAGAAAGCAAAGCUAUUUCAUCAGGAGGUAUUUGUUUUCUGCCAGACUAAAAGUCUAUAGUUAAAUGACUGCAAGUUCCACAUUAAAGAACAGAGAGACAACAUGUAAACAUUGCCAAGAACACUUAGUGAAAUUAAGACUUCUUUUUUUCAAAGAAACCGGGGAGACUCUAAAAUCACCUUGGUAUGUUUUCCCAUAACUUUCUAUUUAAUUUCUUUAAGGUAAUUUAUCUUUUUCUCUGUCUUUUGAAUAUAAACUAAUAAAAAUGGUACCAUACUAUUUCAUCCAACAAAGUGUAUCAAAACUAAAAUUCUGAAAAUACAUAAUUAUAACUGUUAUUAAAGAAAAUUAAUAUACUACAUUUUCCUAUUUAAAGUUUUAGAAAAUUGUACAAUAGGACCAUGAAUCUGGAUCAAGACUGUAUUUCCUUUUUAAGGGAUUGCAAAAUCCAUAAUGUGGUGCACUGUUAACAAUUUUUAAUGGCCAUAAUAGGAAUGGAAGAAUAUGUGACUACUGGUGAUUCUACUCUGAAACUGAAAUGAACCUGUAUAUGAUUCUAUAUGGGAAUAAAAUCAGCAAAGUGAUUUAUUGGUUUGCUACCAAACAGAUUAAUUUUCUGGGAAUAAACUGAUACCCCAGAGAGGAAGUGUUAGAGCUACUGUGUAUUAGGAAAUUACAUAUGUGAAUAUUUUUCCCAACUUGUCAUUUGUCUAUUCCCAUAGUAUUCAAUAAAUAGUGUGGCAUUUA